GGCCCCGCCCCGUGACGCGGUGCCGCUUCGGGCGGUUCCGCUCCGCUCCCGCCGGUUCCGCUCCCGCCGCCGCCGCCAUGCUGGUGCCGGUGUUCACGCUGAAGCUGAGCCACAAGGUGCAGCCCCGCACGGUGGCGCUGGGUCGGUUCGACGGCGCGCACCCGUGCCUGGCGGCCGCCACGCAGGCGGGGAAGGUCCUCGUUCACAGCCCUCACGCCCCCGGCCCCAGGACGGGCUGCAGCCGCGCGGCCCCCAGCGGCCAGGACGCCCACGUGUCUCUGCUCAGCGUCAACCAGGCCGUGACGUGCCUGGCGGCCGGGCCGCUCCGCGCCAAGCUGCGCCGCGACUGCCUGCUGGUGGGCACCCGCACGCACCUGCUGGCCUACGACGUGCACGAGAACUCCGACCUGUUCUACCGAGAGGUUUCGGAUGGAGCCAAUGCAAUUGUUCUUGGAAAGCUGGGAGAUAUUCCAUCUCCUCUUGCUAUUAUUGGUGGCAACUGCGCCCUGCAAGGCUUUGAUUGUGAAGGAAAUGACCUUUUCUGGACGGUUACAGGAGACAACGUUCGGUCGCUAGCACUAUGCGACUUUGAUGGCGAUGGCAAAACUGAGCUUCUCGUUGGCUCUGAGGACUUUGAUAUCCGAGUGUUUAAAGAAGAUGAGAUAGUGGCAGAAAUGUCAGAAACAGAGACUGUGACCGCGCUCAGCCCCAUGCAUGGCAGUCGCUUUGGCUACGCUCUUUCCAAUGGCACGGUGGGAGUGUACGACAAGACGUCCCGCUACUGGAGGAUUAAGUCUAAGAACCACGCGAUGAGCAUCCAUGCGUUUGACCUGAACGCCGACGGCGUGUGCGAGCUGAUCACCGGCUGGUCCAACGGGAAGGUUGAUGCACGGAGUGACCGAACUGGGGAGGUCAUCUUUAAGGACAACUUUGCUUCAUCGAUUGCAGGAGUGGUGGAGGGGGAUUACAGGAUGGACGGGAGCACCCAGUUAAUCUGCUGUUCAGUUGAUGGUGAAGUGCGGGGCUAUCUGCCAGGAGGUGAGGAGAUGAAGGGAAACCUGAUGGAUACGUGUGCUGAGCAGGACAUGAUCCGGGAACUUAGUCAAAAGAAACAAAAUCUGCUGCUGGAAUUAAGAAAUUAUGAGGAAAACGCAAAGGCUGAGCUGAGCUCUCAGCUGAAGGAAGCUGACGGGCAGAGAGGUGUGAUUCCAGCCAACACCCAGCUGCAGACCUCCCUGUCAGUGAACCUGGGCUCUGACAGCCACUCUGCUCACGUGGAGCUGUGCAUCUCCACCACAAACGACACAAUCAUCCGCGCUGUGCUGAUCUUUGCUGAAGGCAUAUUUGAAGGAGAGAGCCACGUGGUACACCCCAGUCUCCAGAACCUUUCUGGCUGCGUUCGGGUUCCCCUUACUCCACCCAAAGACGUCCCUGUGGAUUUGCACAUCAAAGCCUUUGUGGGUUACAGGAACAGCACACAGUUCCACGUGUUUGAGCUGACCAGGCAGCUGCCCCGCUUCUCCAUGUACGCCCUGAGCAGCCCGGACUCGGCCACGGAGCCGCUGAGCUUUGUGAGCUGUGCAACGAAUGAGAGGCCGCAAAGGAUUGUUAUGUGGCUGAAUCAGAACUUCUUGCUACCAGAGGAUGUGGAGUUUCAGAGUGCUCCCUUUCAGGUUUGCUUCACUUCCCUUCGUAAUGCAGGCCAGCUCCUCCUCAAAAUCAAGCCAGGUGGAGAGAUUUCUAUCAGCACAGAUGAUAUUGAUUUAGCUGGUGACAUUAUCCAGUCCAUGGCCUCCUUUCUGGCAAUUGAAGAUCUGCAGGUGGAAGCAGAUUUCCCUGCAUACUUUGAGGAGCUGCGGAAAGUGCUGGUAAAGGUGGACGAGCACCACUCGGUGAAUCAGCGGCUCACUGCUGACAUGGCUGACCACUCCAACCUCAUCCGCAUCAUGUUGGUUCAGGCAGAAGACGCACGGCUGCUGGGAGACAUGAAAAACAUGAAGACACGGUACAUCGAGCUGUAUGAUCUGAACAGAGAUUUAAUAAAUCAAUACAAAAUUCGAUGCAACAAUCACACGGAGCUGCUGAGCAAUCUGAAAGCAGUGAAUCAAGCAAUCCAGAGGGCUGGGCGGUUACGUGUUGGCAAACCUAAGACACAAGUGAUCGCUGCUUGCCGGGAUGCAAUAAGAAGCAACAACUUCAACACGCUGUUCAAGAUCAUGCGUUCGGGGAUCGCAUCUUCUUAGAACAGCCAGGCAGAGGAGCAGCAGUCGUGUAGCGGCGGUGCUUCCAGGCAGUAGGACCAAAAACGACGAGCAUCUAAUUCAUUCCCCUGCUCCCCUGUAGAGUGAAGUAAUUGCAAAGGUUGGGUUUUAGUUAAGGCAUCAGUCCAGAAAUGUUAUUUCUGCAGGCCAGAGGACAGGAGCCUUCUUGAAGAGUGCAUCAGAUUUAAGCGCAAGCGUGGUAUGUAUGUAAGGCAGAGGUAUAUCUGUGAUGCGUUUAUUUUUCAUACAGUAACUUAUUUAUGUAUUUUAAUAUAUUUUGUAGUUGGGCAUCCGUUUUUUUUCCAUUAAAACAUAGACUGGUUUGGC